GUGGCGGCUGGUCCACAUACAAAAUAAUAAAAUCGUUGCUCACGCAUACGCAUGCAUCACGCUUGACGCUUGCUACUCGCAGGUUAUUGUAGGUAGUGAGUGAAGUCUGUCUGUUGUGUUUACUUGAUUGAUCUGCGAGUUGUCCUGUGAAGUGUGAAGUGCUUGUAUAGUUCUAAUUUAACAACGUAGUCUUUGUUCGAGUUGUGAUUAAAUAUCUUUCAAAAUGCCUACAAGUGCGGUGUAUCAGCCUACCACAGUGACCUAUGAACAGCAGCCAACAGAUCAGCGUUGGAACUGUCCCAUCAGCUACUUCUCUCGGCGUAUGGCUUCUAGUUGGAACCGAGCAGUAUGCUUACGAGUGGGAUUGUGUUUGACAGGCAGCAUCUUAUUUAUUAUAGGAACGGUGCUGAUUAUCGUGGGUGGUGUGAAAUUCUCAAAUGCGGCUGAACCGGACCCUCACAGCUUUGAAAAUGGCGUCGGCGAACUGGUUGCAGGCAGUGUCUUAAUAUGCUUAGGAAUGGUAGCUGGAUUGUUAGGUAUUUCAACGUAUUCAUCGAGGUGGGGCAAUGGCAAGGAAGCUCCGGCGAGUGGAGCUGCAGCCCUCACAGCAUUGAACCCUUCGACCGAUCCUCUCGUGGCAGCACAGUACGCGCCCGUGCGCGACGCCCCGCCCGCGCCUGAUGAUGAGAUGCGCAAUCUCAUGGACAACAAAGACUGCUUGAGCAGCGCAGAGGAAAGCGACAAAAUGUUGGAUGGCAGGCCGUCUGUCGCGUAAAUACGAUUAAUUAUUCUAUGAUAUAACGAGAUUAUUCUUACGAGCUUAGGCUAGACAUAAUGUCCCCCUAAUUGUGUAAUGAACGGUGUUAGAGAUAUGUUACGUAGCUAAGCAUAAGUAACAUAGAAUUUAUUUUUAUGAUAUUUCAUCGCAAUGUAUAGGCUUUUAAACUUCGUAUCAGUAAGAUAUCUUUAACGCCGCUCCUCUCGUCAGUCUCGUGUCCAUAGUCCGUAUUAUGUUAAGGUUGCAUUUUGGUACAAACUAAAGAAGUACUUUUCAUAAACACUUUAGCGAGUAAUUUUUGUUAUUCGCCAAUAAUGUGUGCUUGUUUUAUGUGAUACUACCUGUCUGAUUUUUUGUGAUGCACUGUAAUUCAAGUUUCGAUCAUUUUUACCGACUUCACAAAAAGGAGGAGGUACUAUGUUCGGCUGUUUGUAUGUUUUUUUUUUUUUUUUGUAUGUUUGUUCAUCGAAUACUCCGUCAAUUGUCGAUGGAUUUUCAAAAUUAUUUUUUUGUUCGAAAGUAGAUAGUUCUGAGGUGGUCCCAUUGUCACCAAGUUAGGAUCUGAUGAUGGAAUCUUAGAGAAAUCGAGGGAACUCCUCAAAUAUUAUAGGGAACUAUAUAGUGAUUUUGGUAUAUUCAUCUAGAAUUGAAGCAUUUACAGUCAAAAAGUAACCUUUGAAGAGGUGGAACUGAUGAAGAAACCAGAAAUGGCCAAUGGAACUUCAUACUCACAUAGAAAUCACAAUAAACUUAUUUAAUACUCCGUCAAUUGUCGACAGAUUCUCAAAAUUCUUUUUUUGUUCGAAAGUAGAUAGUUCUGAGGUGGUCCCAUUGUCACCAAGUUAGGAUCUGAUGAUGGAAUCUUAGAGAAAUCGAGGGAACUCCUCAAAUAUUAUAGGGAACUAUAUAGUGAUUUUGGUAUAUUCAUCUAGAAUUGAAGCAUUUACAGUCAAAAAGUAACCUUUGAAGAGGUGGAACUGAUGAAGAAACCAGAAAUGGCCAAUGGAACUUCAUACUCACAUAGAAAUCACAAUAAACUUAUUUAAUACUCCGUCAAUUGUCGACAGAUUCUCAAAAUUCUUUUUUGUUCGAAAGUAGAUAGUUCUGAGGUGGUCCCAUUGUCACCAAGUUAGGAUCUGAUGAUGGAAUCUUAGAGAAAUCGAGGGAACUCCUCAAAUAUUAUAGGGAACUAUAUAGUGAUUUUGGUAUAUUCAUCUAGAAUUGAAGCAUUUACAGUCAAAAAGUAACAUUUGAAGAGGUGGAACUGAUGAAGAAGACCAGAAAUGGCCAAUGGAACUUCAUACUCACAUAGAAAUCACAAUUAAGUUAAUUAAGUGACUGUGACAAUACAAAUAAAUAAAGUAGUUAUUGAGAUAGAGGAUUUUAACCGACCUUUUUAGUUGCGAUACUGAGUAUCGCAACUAAAAAGUGUGAAAUAAAAUACUUUCUACAAAAAAGUAAACCGACUUCACUAAAAAAGUUAAAAAUAACUUUAAUUUCGGAAGUCGGUGUAGCAAACAAAUAAUACCGAGAAACACCGACUUCGGAAAUUAAAGUUAUUUUUAACUUUUUUAGUGAAGUCGGUUUUUAUAUUUUAAUUUGCUCUAUAUCAUGCUUUCGCUUUAAUAUUUAGUAUUAAGUAAUCGUGUUAUUUAGACAUCCUUUAAAUAUCGACAGCUUUUCUUGUAUAUUCACAUUAAAUGUAGACUUAUUCUAUAAGCAUGACGGCUUGCUAGGAAUAUAACAAUGACCACAAAACCCUGACCUUUGUCAGAGAAGGAUGAGAAGUAGGUACAAGCAAAUGUUUCUAAUAAUUACAUACAAUGUAUGUAAAUGUUUAUUUUAUUUACAAGAUCAUUAUAUUUAAGAUAUGUUUAAUAAGUAUUCUUUAAAGUGUUCAGAUUUCAUAAUCUUUAAUCUCAUCAUUAUGAUCAUAAUGCAUUUAAAUGUAUACUACACAUUGUAUUUAUAAUUAGGUGGUUAUAAUUAUCCUGACAAAUUGUAUGUACUGAGUGUUUAACACUAUUUUGCAAUAUUGUAUGAAGCUUUGGUAAAAUUCGCCCUUAUUUUUUGAUAAAUUAGUAAAAGUCAAGAGGCCAAAUUGUUGUCCAGAUUUACGAAAGUAAGUUGCAAUGUGAAUGUGUAUUGUCACAUUUAAGAUAUCAAAUAUCAUAAUGACAUUUUAAUCCCAAGUAUUACAUUUGAAAUUAUUGCAAUUAAAAAUGAUAAAUCUCAAAAUUAGUAGGUAGGUACUCCUUGUCUGACAUUUUGUAUUAUCUACUCUAUAUUUUAUUUACUUUUACUCUACAUGCUCUAUUUACUAUUCUUUAACUUUCAUUUAUAAGUAAAAAUAAUUUAUUGAUUUAUUACGUUUAUACAUUCUAAUUCAUAUUUUCUAAUCCCCACCAAUUUUACUUUAUUUAGUAAGUGCAUUAUAUGACCCUUAAAUUAUUUUAUAUAGUUUCUUUUUAUGCUGCAAUAAAAUAUAAUCUCAGUAUUUCAUUUGGCACAUUAUAUUUUUCAUUUUAGUACUAAGUAAUAGGAAACUGAUUAUUAUUUUUUGUGUGUUGUCCUUAAUCAUACAUAGAUGAUAGCAAGUGAUUGGACGAUGAAAUGACGGUAGUAUAAUUUAAAUUAGAAGUAUGCUCUUCUCUCUAAAUCUGAAUAUUUCAGAUCGGCAGCCUUUGAAUUGUGUUAUUAUUUAUAGAAUUUAAAAUAUUAAUUGUAUAAGAGGCAGAGACACAUUUUCCACAACUUUUAAGUAAGGAUAAUUAAUUUAUAUUUUAUAAUUCAAUAAAAAUAUAACUUAAUUACUAAUUUAGUCGAGUUGCUAACAAACAUUGAUUUAAAGUACUUAUCAAAAAGACAUUUUAGUAUUAUGUAGACUCAAAAUACAGUCCUGGAAUGAUAAUUAUACAUAUUUUUAAGUAUGUAGUAUGUAUGGUGCGUAUGUGCGAUCAGUGGACUGGAUCGCUAGUUUUCUACAGACUGGUCAAGUACGCUACAAUGAGUGAAAGUAGUAUAUUUUUCACCUUCGAUUAAUAAGAUCCAUCCUUCGAUGUGCCGUUUGAAAAGAAUUUAUCGAUACGAAAUUCCGUACCACCACAAUAAAAAAUCAAACACACUUAGUUUAGAUACAGUUUUCUAUUCUCAUUUCGUUUGUCAUCACAUUUUUUUUAGUCCAUUUAUUUUAUUUGACCGUCCUUAGAGUUAAGCGUGUGGGCCAUCGUGGUAGUUGUAAGAUUGUCUAAGAAUGCAUUGUGAAACAGUAUGGAAUGCGUAGCAUUUAAUUAUUUUUUGUUUAUACAAAAUAUUAUAUUAAUUUAUUUCGAGCUCUCUUUAAACGUACAUUAUAUUUGAAACUUGCAAUAUUUUAACAUCACUUCUUUUGUCGCUAUGAAAUUAGCAAAGUUGUGUAUAUUUUCUAAAAAUUGAUUUAUAUAACUAAUGUUAAGAAUGUAAUUAUAAAGUUGUUAUUCGCCAUCGGUUCAACUAAGAGACAGUGAAGAACGCAACACUAAGUAUAAUCGUUAAAGAAAAUUUAUAUAUUUUGUAUUCAAUAUAUAUUCUGCCUAGAUACUGAACUUUGCUCUCUUGCGCUGAAUUUAUGUAAAUUAAAUUAAUUUUUACCAUCGAAUUGAAUUUUCGGAAAAAAUAAAUUGUUUUGUAAUACCAAUAUAAUUUAUUUUACCAUCGUUUUAUGAUAUAGCUUGUGAGGAAAUAUCUUCUUUACUUUCAUACUUAUUUUAUUUUUAAUGAUGUACUUAUUAAUGUCGAAUCGUUUGGAUGAAUAAUAAUUAAAAUUGUACUUAAAAAAAUAAA